AUGUCUACACCUGAAGCAGACCAUUCAAGAGAUCCUUGCCCAAUUGUUAUAUUGAAUGAUUUUGGAGGUGCUUUCGCUAUGGGUGCCAUUGGUGGAUGCAUAUGGCAUGGUAUUAAAGGUUUCAGAAAUUCACCAUAUGGUGAAAGAUAUUCAGGUGCUAUUAAUGCUGUGAAGGCAAGAGCUCCAGUCGUUGGAGGUAAUUUUGGUGUUUGGGGUGGAUUAUUUUCAUUUUAUGACUGUGGCUUAAGAGCAGUGAGGAAAAGAGAAGAUGCAUGGAAUGCCAUUCUAGCUGGUUUUCUUGUUGGUGGCUCGUUGGCAAUUAGAGGUGGAAAAAGACAUAUUUUCAAUUCCGCAGUCACCUGUGCCUGUGUGUUGGGUGUCUUCGAAGGUGUUGGUAUGAUGUUUUCCAGAUACAUGGCCUGGGCUAACAAACCUGUGGCCAUGCCUGUUCCAGAUGAGCAGCAACAAACCCCCUUGGCGGCAUAA